CGUAUGUAUUUGCUUGGUGCACUCUGCCUAUGAAUAGAUAUGUCUUUAAGUCGUCUUUGUAGUAAAUACAGCAUUCUGGUCCUUCUAUUUAGUUUUGUUAGAUAAGGGUCGUCUUUUCUGUCCCUGAAAAUGUAGCGUCAAAAAUUGAGCUGCCUGAUUCAUUUUACAACCUCUCUGCUGAAGAGAUGAAAAGAGAAGCCGAUAUGAGGAGAAAAAAAGAUGGCAGAAUCUCAGCUUUUGAUCCCUAUAGUCUUACGAAGAACAGCAAGCAAAAGCUGCCAGGAAGAGAUAAACAAGGACUAUUAUUCGGAUCCAAUUUCCUGAUGGAGUGGUUCUUCAAGGUGUCUUAGCUCCUUGGGAAUUAACAACUGCUCUCCAUGAGCCGAUUCAACAGGGAAAUCCACAGUGCAUCCGAUCCAAAACGUGACCAUGUCUCUGCUAUGAUCCCGUUCGAGGAGAGAAUGGUUUUUGAAGCUCUCUGGCCUUAUAAAAGGCAGAACAGAGCAGAGGCAGAAGGGGUGGAGGGCAGAACUGGAAAAAAAACAGAGAAAGACUGGAGAGGCAGAACCAGCAAAAGGGAAGAAACCCAGAAACAAGAGAAUGGAGACACUGGAAACACGUACAGGGAAGCCGAGAACCAACAAGAUAAAACCAAAAACAGAGGAAGAACAAGAGGACGACACAGGAGCAUACAAAGGAACCGAAGCAGCGCUUUGGCCGGUCAUCCAUCACGCCUCCAUCUCCUAAAUCAGAAAGCAAGCCAGGCGAACAAACACGGAGAAGAGCUAGAGAACAAGAAAGAGGCUGCCUUCGCCUCCAGCAGACCAGUUAAGUUCUUCCUCUUCCCCGCUUUCCAAAUUCAUUUCGCUUGUUACUUUGCAAAGGUAAUAUACUUACCUUAUUACUGUUGCAAGCAUGUGUGAAUAAUUCACGCAUGCUCGAAACAGUGCCCAACAAAGUCAUUGGCCUGGUGAUUGGGCGGGUGGCUGGAUCUAACCUAGUUCAUGUA